AUGCCCAUGGCUUUCUUUGAUAUGCUCAAUGAGCGGGCAAAGUCGACGCUGCUCUGCAUUGGGUUGGACCCCCGCGCAAAGACAGCAGCGGAAGCUGCAGAGGAGUGCAUGCGUCUGAUUGACGCUACAGCGGAAUACGCCGCCGCAUACAAACCAAACGCCGCUUUUUUUGAGUUUUUUGGUGGGGAGGGUUGGAAAGCACUGCAACAGGUGAUUGCUCACGUUCCUGCCAACAUUCCCGUUAUUCUGGAUGCUAAGCGUGGCGACAUUGCUGAUACUGCAGAGGCUUACGCCAAGUCUGCCUUUGAGCAUCUCAAAGCUCAUGCAAUUACGACGUCCCCGUACAUGGGUGGCGACUCCCUCUCGCCGUUCCUGCAGUACGCAUCGAAGGGUGUGUUUGUCCUCUGCAAGACCUCCAAUAAGGGCUCCAAUGAAAUUCAGUGCCUCCGCGUGAACGGCCGCCACCUGUACGAGUUGGUCGCAGAGCACGCAGAGACAGUGUGGAACUACAACAAGAACGUUGGUCUUGUUGUGGGCGCCACAGAUCCGAUUGCUCUCAGCCGCGUGCGAGUGCGUGCCCCGACGCUGUGGUUUCUUGUCCCUGGCAUUGGUGCUCAGGGCGGUGAUCUCAAGGCAGCUCUGAACGCUGGCCUCCGUGCCGAUGGCAGCGGUUUGUUGAUCAACGUCUCACGUGCUGUGGCACGUGCGAAGGAUCCCCGCGCGGCGGCCAAGAAGCUUUGUGAAGACAUCAAUCUUGUUCGCUUUGGCAGGCUUGCUCCACCGAUCUGGCUGCGGCGCUU